GAGUGGGAGGAUGUAGGAAUCUUGCCAAUAUAUGACAGAAGCAAUGGAACGCUGAGCGAGAAAAGUAACAAUUACUGAACGUCGCAGUGAGAAAAUUUUACUUCGAAAAAGGACAGCGCAACGAACCAAAUGGCAGAACAGGUAGGCCUACUAUACCAUUUUAAUAUCAGCACUUGUCAAAACGUUGCACUUGAAGAGAUGGUGGCUUUACUCAUCCUAGAAGCAACGAAUGGAGCAUUCUUUUGGUGCAUCGAAUAGAGCAUUCUUUUGGUGAUAACUUCCCCCGACACUUUUAUGCACCGUUCUGAUUGUCUUUGGAAGUAGCACAGAUGUAGUUUAUCCAGAAUUCCAUAGAUAUUAUGCUAUCCAAUUUAUAUCAUGACACAUUCCAUUAGAUCCUAUAAAAAAAAAGGGGGGGGGGAUCUACAUUUUACAUUUAGAACCAGCGACCUUUCGAUUACUGGCACAACGCUCUUAGCCACUAAGCUACCUGCCGCUACUAAACUAUAUUGAAUUGUUUUAAGAAGGUCAUACCAAGGAUCAUUUUGCUAUUUCAUUUUGAAUUGUAAGACCCCUUGAGGUUGACAAAAAUAUAUUCAAAAAAUAUUUGAUGAAAAAUUGUAUACAUUUACAUUUUAGUCAUUUAGCAGACGCUCUUAUCCAGAGCGACUUACAGUUAGUGAAUACAUAUCUUUUUUUAUUUUUUAUACUGGCCCCCCGUGGGAAUCGAACCCACAACCAUGGCGUUGCAAACGCCAUGCUCUAUCAACUGAGCUACAUCCCUGCCGGCCAUUCCCUCCCCUACCCUGGACGACGCUGGGCCAAUUGUGCGCCGCCCAUGAGGCUGCGACAGAGCCUGGAUUCGAACCAGGAUCUCUAGUGGCACAGUUAGCACUGCGAUGCAGUGCCUUAGACCACUGCGCCACUCAGGAGUACGUAUUUAGCCUUACUGCUAUUAGCCCAUACAAACGCAUUGAAAACAGAUUCACUACAUGGAACACCAGAUAGUCCCCAAAAAAGAAUCUAUAGGAAGUUUGUUCUGAAGUGUCUGAUCUAUAUCUUAGAGAUAUAAGAAAGAUCAGGAUAUUAUUAUUAUUAUUUGGAUUUUUUACAUGUAUUUAAGCCCUUAUUUUUGGCACUAAACAGUCUCCUUAUAUACUUCCAUUCAUUUUUUCAACUGGUAUCGGGGACCUUCAGACUAAUCUUGUGAGGCCUGUGGGCGUCCUAGAGCAAAACACAGAGGGGUCAUAUUAGUGUGUAGCCCAAACUGUUAGGACGCUACAGACGAUUUUGUGAGAAGACCGAUUUUCGGGAUGGCUCAGGGUCUGACAAACACAGCUCUAGCUCUGUCACCUUUUCACUGCAGAUGCCGAAGUGUGACAUAGGUGAAUGCGGUGGAUUGAGACAUAUCCAAUGCAGAAAAACAGAUAUCUCUAGCACACAUAGAACAAUGAGACAGAUAUUUCACCGGAUGUAUAAAUGUGAAGCAUCCGCUUGGCGUUUCCACUCACUACCAAAUAUGGUGGUGAGAGGAAGCCCAGUGGCCGAUAGUGGGAGAAGAUGGAACGAGAUGGAUUUUGACCGACAUUCUGCACAUUAUCACAUCGAUGAAACAUUUGAUCACAAUACAGUUUUCUGUUCCCCAAAAACUGUUAUGAACAUAGUGGACUAAGUUUUGUAGACUUUAACCUUUGCAAAAGUAAAAAAAAAAAAAAAAAAAAAGAGUUGUUUAGAAGGAGUGCAAAGGCGAAUUGAGUUAUUGCACAUCCACACUUCACAGAGUAGGCGUUCCCUAACGGAAAUAUGCAUAUGUACAGUGGGGGAAAAAAAGUAUUUAGUCAGCCACCAAUUGUGCAAGUUCUCCCACUUAAAAAGAUGAGAGAGGCCUGUAAUUUUCAUCAUAGGUACACAUCAACUAUGACAGACAAAUUGAGAAAAGAAAUUCCAGAAAAUCACAUUGUAGGAUUUUUAAUGAAUUUAUUUGCAAAUUAUGCUGGAAAAUAAGUAUUUGGUCACCUACAAACAAGCAAGAUUUCUGGCUCUCACAGACCUGUAACUUCUUCUUUAAGAGGCUCCUCUGUCCUCCACUCGUUACCUGUAUUAAUGGCACCUGUUUGAACUUGUUAUCAGUAUAAAAGACACCUGUCCACAACCUCAAACAGUCACACUCCAAACUCCACUAUGGCCAAGACUAAAUAGCUGUCAAAGGACACCAGAAACAAAAUUGUAGACCUGCACCAGGCUGGGAAGACUGAAUGUGCAAUAGGUAAGCAGCUUGGUUUGAAGAAAUCAACUGUGGGAGCAAUUAUUAGGAAAUGGAAGACAUACAAGACCACUGAUAAUCUCCCUCGAUCUGGGGCUCCACGCAAGAUCUCACCCCGUGGGGUCAAAAUGAUCACAAGAACGGUGAGCAAAAAUUCCAGAACCACACGGGGGGACCUAGUGAAUGACCUGCAGAGAGCUGGGACCAAAGUAACAAAGCCUACAAUCAGUAACACACUACGCCGCCAGGGACUCAAAUCCUGCAGUGCCAGACGUGUCCCCCUGCUUAAGCCAGUACAUGUCCAGGCCCGUCUGAAGUUUGCUAGAGUGCAUUUGGAUGAUCCAGAAGAGGAUUGGGAGAAUGUCAUAUGGUCAGAUGAAACCAAAAUAUAACUUUUUGGUAAAAAACUCAACUCGUCGUGUUUGGAGGACAAAGAAUGCUGAGUUGCAUCCAAAGAACACCAUACCUACUGUGAAGCAUGGGGGUGGAAACAUCAUGCUUUGGGGCUGUUUUUCUGCAAAGGGACCAGGACGACUGAUCCGUGUAAAGGAAAGAAUGAAUGGGGCCAUGUAUCGUGAGAUUUUGAGUGAAAACCUUCUUCCAUCUGCAAGGGCAUUGAAGAUGAAACGUGGCUGGGUCUUUCAGCAUGACAAUGAUCCCAAACACACCGCCCAGGCAACGAAGGAGUGGCUUCGUAAGAAGCAUUUCAAGGUUCUGGAGUGGCCUAGCCAGUCUCCAGAUCUCAACCCCAUAGAAAAUCUUUGGAGGGAGUUGAAAGUCCGUGUUGCCCAGCGACAGUCCCAAAACAUCACUGCUCUAGAGGAGAUCUGCAUGGAGGAAUGGGCCAAAAUACCAGAAACAGUGUGUGAAAACCUUGUGAAGACUUACAGAAAAUGUUUGACCUGUGUCAUUGCCAACAAAGGGUAUAUAACAAAGUAUUGAGAAACUUUUGUUAUUGACCAAAUACUUAUUUUCCACCAUAAUUUGCAAAUAAAUUCAUUAAAAAUCCUACAAUGUGAUUUUCAGGAAAAAAAAUUCUCAAUUUGUCUGUCAUAGUUGACGUGUACCUAUGAUGAAAAUUACAGGCCUCAAUUGGUGGCUGACUAAAUACUUUUUUUCCCCACUGUAUGCUAGAACGCGCCUAUGGGAUCUCGCUAGCUUGUGCUUAGCUCUGCCCACCUCCUUGCUUGUUCUGCCCACUCUGACUCAUUUGUUCCAAUUGGAAACAACAGGCUGUGGUCUAUCUUGGUUUAGUUAUACAAAUCUUUGUCUCUAGCUUAAACUGAUGGAUUUUGAUGGGGAUUUUUUUAUUAUGCUAAUUUGAUUUCCACGGGGGCGCGGACAUCGACCUUAGUCCUAUAAGUCCUAUAGGCACGUUUGCACAUAGCCUACUUACCUUGCACUCUUGCCAGCUUAACACAAGUUUAUAACUAAUAAUUUCAAUGCAGUGAUCAGUGCGCAUGCUGGAACAGCAGAAAAUAAUGGACAAUGACAAAUGAAUCCAGGCCAUAUGGUGACUAUGGAGCAAGGAGCUAUUCUCAGUUGUGUCUAUAGACAGAGACUGUGUGUGGAAAUGAAAAGCACCGGGAGUCAAUCAGUCUCUUCUUAUUCUGUCCCAAUGGCCUAUGACACAGAGACCUUCUUUGGAGAUAGACUACUGUUUGAAGGAUGACAGCUAGACAAACAGAAAGACAGACAGACAGAAUGAGAUACUCACCGUCGGCGAGCAAGCGCCUUACCAUUGUUGCCUACUGUAUCCAUUUUAUGAUAUUUGUUGGGUGCAGUGAGCUAUCUGUGGAAACAUCAUCAAAUGGAACACUGUAGUUGGCCUAAAACAACACUUUUAUGGUAGCCUAGUCCUAGUGAGUAAGGCUUUUUAUUCUUUAUUAUUUCCUACAAUGACAACUGAAAUGGAUGUCUCAAUGAAUUUGGUUUAGUGUUUAGGAUAUAGGUAAAUAGAGUUUGAAGUCACCACUGAUUCCUUUCCCUGUUGCCCAAGGUUCUUGUGCACGCCCCAGGCACAGACUGGGACCAGAAAUCGUCCCUGGCAUUUCUAACACACCUGCCCCUUGAGACCCCCACACCGGCCUAUUUUUUUCCCCAAGGCCUCCACACUGGUACAUUUUUCCACUUGAGGCCUCCAUUAUUAGCCAGAUCAUUUUGCGUGAAAAACCUAAGUUAGACAGCCCCAAUAGGCAAAAUAUUGACCAGCCCAUCUGGCAUUUGCCCGAAAUGCCAGAUGGCCCAUCCGCCCCUGGCACACCCUGAAGAUAAACAGUGACAGGGUGAGCUGUCAUAGCUACCCCAACCUGCAGGUAUUUCAAGUACCUUCUCCAUGUAGACAAGUUGUCUGAAUUUGCCUUCAAAUACCAGUAGGCCACUCAGUCUCUCGUUACUUAAGCUUACUCCUCCUUGCCCAACUCACAGAUCGCCCACAUUUCAAUAGCAUAUUCAAAUAUCAAUUUGAAUAGGGGUGAGUGACAUAACAAAAUUCCUUUACAGUUAUUUAAUGUUGGUGAUUUAGGAUAUAAAUAAAAAGUAGUUUGAAUAAAAACCCGUCAGCUACAAUAGAUUGGGUGUUUGGUUCUUGGUUUAAAGAGAGUAUUGAAUGAUGUCCUUCACAAUGACCAACAUAACCAGUCUGUGUGACACAGUUUCAUAUGCCACUGCAAAACAUAAUGUCUACUUUUUAAACAGGUGACUUGCAACCUAGAAGUAUAACUGAUCUUGUUGGAGUAUAACUUUUCACUCAGCAUAUUAUUUCUCACAAUUUUUGGUUGACCACUAAGCUUUCCAUGACAAUGAUACUGGACAGGUCAACAUUCACAAGGCCGCAGGGCCAGACGGAUUACCAGGACGUGUACUCCGAGCAUGUGCUGACCAACUGGCAAGUGUCGUCACUGACAUUUUCAACAUUUCCCUGACUGAGUCUGUAAUACCAACAUGUUUCAAGCAGACCACCAUAGUCCCCAUGCCCAUGGACACUAAGAUAACCUGCCUAAAUGACUACCGACCCGUAGCACUGAUGUCUGUAGCCAUGAAGUGCUUUGAAAGGCUGGUCAUGGCUCACAUCAACACCAUUAUCCCAGAAACCCUAGACCCACUCAAUUUGCAUACCGCCCCAACAGAUCCACAGAUGAUGCAAUCUCCAUUGCACUCCACACUGCCCUUUCCCACCUGGACUAGAGGAAUACCUACCUCAAAGCUCAUCACUAAGCUAGGGAUCCUGGGACUAAACACCUCCCUCUGCAACUGGAUCCUGGACUUCCUGACGGGCCGCCCCCAGGUGGUAAGGGUAGGUAACAACACAUCUGCCACACUGAUCCUCAACACGGGGGCCCCUCAGGGGUGCGUGCUCAGUCCCCUCCUGUACUCCUUGUUCACCCAUGACUGCAUGGCCAGGCACGACUCCAACACCAUCAUUAAGUUUGCCGACGACACAACAAGUGGUAGGCCUGAUCACCGACAAUGAUGAGACAGCCUAUAGGGAGGAGGUCAGAGACCUGGCCGUGUGGUGCCAGGAUAACAACCUCUCCCUCAAUGUGACCAAGUCAAAGGAGAUGAUUGUGGACUACAGGAAAAAAAAGAGGACUGAGCACGCCCCCAUUCUCAUCAACGGGGCUGUAGUGGAACAGGUUGAGAGCUUCAAGUUCCUUUGUGUCCACAUCACCAACAAACUAUCAUGGUCCAAACACACCAAGACAGUCGUGAAGAGGGCACAACAAAGCCUAUUCCCCCUCAGGAGACUGAAAAGAUUCGGCAUGGGUCCUCAGAUCCUCAAAAAAUUCUACAGCUGCACCAUCGAGAGCGUCCUGACUGGUUGCAUCACCGCCUGCUUGGCCUCCGACCGCAAGGCACUACAGAGGGUAGUGCGUACGGCCCAGUACAUCACUGGGGCCAAGCUUCCUGCCAUCCAGGACCUCUAUACCAGGCGGUGUCAGAGGAAGGCCCUCAAAAUUGUCAAAGACUCCAGCCACACUAGUCAUAGACUGUUCUCUCUGCUACCGCACGUCAAGCGGUACCGGAGUGCCAAGUCUAGGUCCAAAAGACUUCUCAACAGCUUCUACCCCCAAGCCAUAAGACUCCUGAACAGCUAAUCAUGGCUACCCGGACUAUUUGCACUGCCCCCCCACCCCAUCUUUUUACGCUGCUGCUACUCUGUUAAUUAUUUAUGCAUAGUCACUUUAACUCUACCCACAUGUACAUAUUACUUCAACUACCUCAACUAUCCGGUGCCCCCGCACAUUGACUCUGCACCGGUACCCCCCUGUAUAUAUAGCCUCCCUACUGUUAUUUUAUUUUACUUCUGCUCUUUUUUUCUCAACACUUUUUUGUUGUUGUUUUAUUUUACUUUUUUAUUAAAAAUAAAUGCACUGUUGGUUAAGGGCUGUAAGUAAGCAUUUCACUGUAAUGUCUGCACCUGUUGUAUUCGGCGCAUGUGGCCAAUAAAAUUUGAUUUGAUUUGAUUUGAUACUGUGAAAUGUGUGAUACAAACACAAGUUAAUUAACUGAACAAGAAUGCUGCAGUGUUGUUAGAACAGGGCUUUAUCUGAUGGCCUGAGAUGAAGUCACUCAAGGACAGGGUUAAACAUCAGAGUGCCAUCUUUGCGUAGACUUCCGACACGUGGAGGCAUGCAAGAUAUGCACUUGAGAACGGAUGUGAGUGUGUCUGAAUUUUUUUGGGUAUUUGGGACUAAAUUGAGUGGAGGUCGGUACACUUUGAAUAUGUUAACUUUCUUUCUUUCUUAAUGAUCUAUUAUAAUAAUAAACGUCACAUACUAACUUCAAAGGACUGUCAGAGGAUGCUUUUCUUAUUGUUAUAUUAUUUGAUUCCCCUUUUUUCUCCUCCUCUGGCGCAGCACUCAGACCUGGAAAAUGCCAUCAACACUUUGGUCACACAGUUCCAUGCCGCUGCGGCCAAUAACGGUCCCACGCUCCAAACCGAAGAGUUCAAAGGCCUCCUAUCCUCCCAGCUGCCCAACUUAGUUAAUGUACGUAAACUGCAAUGGUCGGUUACAUUGCCCCCACCCUCCCAGGCCACACCUCCCAUUGAUUCUACCAGUAGGAGGCGUGCCUCUGACUCUUACUACCCUCCCACUCAGCCACAAACAUACAGUAAACACCACCUCCUAUAACUCACAAACCAACACUCAGGAAAAGCUUUGAGGCAUCGGUUGCCAGGUUCAAUGCAAAUCCAAAAUUUGCUGUAAUAUACUGUGUGCUCAGUCACCAACUGAGUUUUAAACAUGCUUUAUUUUAAUCUGACAGAUGCUUUAUUUGAAUCACUGAAAAGGCCAAAGUAUCUUGCUUUGUCUUCAUUUUGGAACUGGCUGCUUAGUUGUCUGAGGCCCAAGGCAGUUUUCCAGGAUGAGUCUAAAUCUACCAGAGGGUGACAAAGAUAGCGAUGCUUCUGAAAAACAGGAAAAGGCCAGUUCAAAUACAUGAGCAAGUGAGGAAGGCUCAAGGUUGUUCGCUCAUCUAGAGGGGGAAAAACAAACGGACAGAUAAAUAAAUAACCGUUUUCAUUAUGAAUAGAUCAGGAAAAAAACUGUAAUUGUAAUAUGACUCCUUGCACCAAGUCGACUUCAUCCACCAUAAACUCAACAACCAAGUAGAGUAUAUCUGCUACACAAUAGUUAGCCACAACAGCUAGGAAAUAUUUGUUCAUUUGUUGUGAAAGGCAAAUGAGGUUAAGGAGAGGGGGCAGAAUACACAACUGUUGAAGUAAAUAAUAUGCUUAAUUACGAAGUCCAUAUGUUUUUCAUUACGUCCAGUCUUAGACUUAUAUAAAACCAGAAUCUAUUUAAAAGAAAAAGUAAUGAUCACAUAAUUCAAAUGGGAUUCCAUUGCAAACAGCUCAUUAUAUUAUCUCAGCUGUGGAGCAGCGUUCAGGACAGGAUAUAUUUUCCCAAAUCAAUUUCCUAUUGUUUCCAGCAGACAGAAAGAUCCACUGUGUUUGCAUCUGCCUGCCUGACAGCUUUAUAACAUUUCAGAAUGAAAUGACUGUAGAUAAGAUUGGCUACCCAGAUACUGCUAUUGAUUACAUUUACAUUUGACAUUUUAGUCAUUUAGCAGAUGCCAUGCUCUACCAACUGAGCUACAGGGGACUAUUACCUCUAGAAUACCAAACAAAGAAAAGUUGCUAUAUGAAAAUAUCGAUACAAAUGAAAAAGGGCCAUGGAUCUAUACCCACUAGAGGUUAGCAAAGCCUGAAACAUUGACACAGUUAAUUGACAAAGUAUACACAUGCUGUGUUUAUUCAGCUGCAUACAUUACAGUUGAAGAGAGGCCAAUAGUGGAUUAUGAAGUCAAACAUGUUUACUGGAGUUAUUCAGUUGAAUUAUUGAUACAAUAAUUACCGAUGAAGAUAUUAGUAGUUAAGAAUAUCACCUACUGAGUAAUGUAAGGCAACAAUGUUAUUCGCUCAAAAGUGUAAUAGACUAAUUGCUAACUUCCUGCUAAUACAUGUCUAUGCAUAAUUACUUAAUUGCUUAUUAACUGUCAGUAAGUUAAAUACAGUGUACAUAUAGUGAAGUUGUUUUUUGUGCUCCCUCCGUCCCCCAGACUGGAGGCUCAGAGCAGGGCCUGGGCGAAGUGAUGAAACAGAUGGGUGUGCCGGACGGCGAGGGAAUUACCUUCAAGCACUUCUGGGGCUUGAUCCAGUCACUGGCCACCACACAGUAUGGUCGACUCAGCAGCGAGAAGGUGUCCAAGUGCGACUGUGUGCUUCUGUGAAGACCAUGCCUUCUGACGGUGGUGUGAGCUAGGGGGAACCAGACAGCCUUAUAGUAUGCCACCCAGUGUCAGUACCCCUUCUCACCCCACUGCUCCCAUCCAACCCUGGACACUCACAUAGUCCUCACCCCUUCCACUACAGGCCUCUUAUGUACAUUCUCCAUGCUUGGUAGUGCUCCAUGCCAGCAGUGCUCAUCUCUUAGCUCUAUGCCACUUGGUUUACAGGAUUUUUUUGUACUCCCUUAUUGUUAUCAGUGGUGGUGUUUCCAUCCAAAUAUCCCUUCUAUUGAAAUAUCCCCAUUCUCAAACCCUGAAGACUUUCCUAUAGGCCUACUACCAGUCUAACCGCUACAAAUAAUCCUUAGAUGACAUAUGACCCAAAGUGAAAUCAGAAAGCCAUGUGCAAGAUUUAGGUGCUAGACAAUAAAGAAAUAAAGAAAUAAAACAUGUAUUUACACAUGGCAUUACACGUUAGUGGAAAGCUCCUUUGAGCCACCAAUAGUCCACAUACAUACAGUACUGGUGUUGCAGAGUGCCCAUAGCAUGUUUCCUUAAACAAUGUUUUCCCCACUGUGGUAUUGCAGUUUUGUAUUUAUAUUUUGUAAUUCUCUUUAUUCUGGCCCUUGUGAUAACAUACUAAAACAUGACAAGAAAUUAUAUAAUAAAGAUCAAAAUAAAUUGUAACAA